AUGAAAAAGAUUUCUCUUGUUCUUAAUAACACAACCUUCUAAUAAUUUCAAUUUUGCUUAAUCCAAAUAAAACUAGAGAAUGGAGAUUCCUUUGCCAAUAAUGCUUAGCAUAUGGAGAAUAUGAUUGACAAGUGUUAGGAUUACAGAAAACUAUUGAAUUAAUUUAACAAUAAUAGACAGAGAAGUUCAAAUUAGUACAAGGAAUAAUUAAUCAACCUAUUAAAACAAUUCAAAAGUUAUUUUUGAAUAAGUUUAAAAAUUGAAAUCAAAAGUCUUUGAGUAAUUUGAGGAAUUGAUAAAUCUAAUAAAUGAUUGGAUUUCUGUUCUAUAAGAAAAAGAAGCAAUCUAUUCUAAAUUUAGUUUCUACAAAGAGUUAGAAAAUUUACUAUCCAAUCCUAAAGAAAAAAUACAAUAAUUGGAGUAAGAAAUUUAGAUAGUUAAUUAUUGUUAUAAUUACAAGGUUUUUAAUAAAAUAAAAUAUUUUAAUCAGUUUUAAGAAUGUGAGAGUUAUUUCUAACACUUAAAAAUUUUAGAAUAAGAUAAUUAACAAUCUAAUUAGGAUUUAUAAAAUUUAGAAUAACAAAUCCUCAAACAGUCAAAAAUAAAACUCAAAUAAAAAAUAUAAAAAUAGGAAGGUGAAAUCAACUUUAAUUUAAUUGAUUAAUCUGUUGAUGUGAUGCAAUUGCUUUUAAUUCUUCUGGGACAAUUAUGA